UGAGCCGCCGGCAGUUGGCCCCACGAACACGGACCGUUACGGACGGACCGAACUUCUGCCGUUCCGAGACGUGUGUGUACACGCGCGCGUGUUUGCCUACCGAAACGAGAGUGUGUGCCGUGUGUGUUCGUGUAUGUGUGUGUGUAUGUUUGUGUGUGUGUAUGUGUGUGUUUGUUUUUUUUUCUCUCGCAAUAAUUAGCAUAUAAUAUAACGUAUUGUCUCUCGUGAUAUUUCGUGAUUACGUUCGACAUUAUCGACGUACCCACACGCGGCGUGUAACGCGUGAUGUUUAUCGACGAUUUCGCACCGAUCUUUUAAUCGCCGCCCAGGAUCGUAUUUAACAAUGGAAAUUUGAAUCUGGGAGUAUCUGGAGGCUUUAGGUUUAUAACCCUCUGCGUUCGUCACUUAAGCAGAUUUUGAGAGCAUUCGUGUGACAUCAGCAGAAAUUUUAGGAUUUUAAGUCCAUAACAAUUGUGCUAUGGUGUAUUUACUGCAUAGAAACCGGAUAUGGUUAUCCAUCAGUCUGGUGGUGUUCGUUACUGCACUUUGCACAGCGACGUCUGUAUUACAGACGGAUAAUGAUUUAGUGUUCGAGGAAGACCAAGCGCCAAACAUCUUAGGCGAUUUAAAAUUCACUGAUCAAUCGUCGUCUGGAUUGUUGAGUUAUGUGCACGGUUCAUUGGGGCGGAUCAAACGAUCGUUAUGGUCAUUCUUAGGCAACGACGAAACUGUUACAACUGUUACUGAGGCUACAGCACAUUCGUCUAGUUCUGACACCGUCGUUUUAAGCAGGGUGACGAGAGCUACGGAAGAGGAUGUGGACCCGACGUUGCCGAUGACGGAAUCCUUCAGCGUGCCCAAACGUGGCGACACGACUAUCGAGGACGAUGAAGAUGACAGUCUGACGUCAGGCGAUGGCGAUCAAUCGGGAGACGGUCCAGAACCCGACGAUUCCUUACGGUUUCCGGAAAAGGAAGAAAGCAACCUGAUCGUACAAGGAUCGGACAAAACUGUGCCGAGCGGUACCGUCCUGAACAGUCUUGUUCCGAACACUGCCUCGGCUGCCCCGACCAGAUCCGUUAUCACGACCGCCGACGUCACCACCACUACUACCACCACCAUCACCACCACCACCACUAAUACCCCCGUAACCAUCGCUACCGACACCACCAUCAGUAUCACCACCCCCGCUCAUACGACCACCUAUUCAACGGAAACCCAGAAGUCCACUUCCGGCCUUUUCGAAUCACAAGUAGACGGCAAUCAGAUCACAAAAAUUUUCCGGGUACAUUUAACAAUCAUGGAACCAUAUACCAAGGACUAUGUGGAUAUGAACAGCGAAGCUUUCAAAUGGCUAGCUAAUAACAUCACGCAGUCACUGGACGAAGCACUGAAACAAUAUGGUACCUACUCACCGCGAGUAGUAGCAAUCCAGCCAAGCAAUACUGACAAAUUUUUCGUAAGAGCAACCGUAGACAUUGAAUCCGAGAGCGGCGAAUCUAAGGAAAUGUUAGAAAAUCAUCUUAAAUAUUUCAUAUCCAACUGGAGAACAUUCAAUCCCAGCAGCCCACUGACGAUCGUCGAAGAAGGAUUCGACAUCGACCAAGCAUAUGCUGGUAACACCGCCAUAUGCCAAUCAGGCGAAACGCUUUGUGUAGUCACCAACGCUUGUUUACCACCAGAAUAUCGAUGCAACGGCUUGGUCGAAUGUCCAGACGGAACUGAUGAACUUAUGUGUCCGAGUUCCAAAAGCAAUCUUGAACCUGUGUGUGCCAAUGAUGAUUUCCAAUGCGAUGGUACUAGAUGUAUUCACAAGUCACAAGUGUGUAACGGCGUGGUUGAUUGUUUAGAUCAAACUGACGAGCAGAGUAACUGUCCACCGACCACAGCAUGUAAUAGUACUUGGCAAUUUCAAUGUCGUCGUACUUUGGUUUGUCUGGACAUAACCCUUCAAUGCAACGGAAUAGAAAAUUGUCAGGAUGGUUCCGACGAAGAAAAUUGUCCUGACAGAGUAUGUGACUCGAUUAAUUCAUACUCGUGCCGAAGCACAGAUCAGUGCAUAGAUAUAAGAAAAAAAUGUGACAGCCGCGUCGAUUGCGAUGACGGAUCUGACGAAGAAGAUUGCGUGAAUUGUGGACCCGACGAGUUCAGGUGUCAUGACGGUCAGUGUUUGUCCAUCGACAAAAGAUGUAACGGAAAAGUUGAAUGUAGCGCCCAUGAAGAUGAAGAUAAUUGUCAGUUACCCUUUGAAGAGAACUACACAGACACCAUAUUCGCACCUUGCCCUCAAUCGGAUUUCACGUGUGCCGACAUGACUUGCAUUAACUUGUCGAAAGCUUGUGACGGCCGUAAGGAUUGUCCGAACGCAGAGGACGAGAAAAAUUGCAAAAACGACAGCACCGGGCUUGCACCAACGUACCCGAACCCGGACGACCGGCCUGAGCCGAUGCCCGAGUCUCCUACGCCGGCCGUUUCGACGUGCUUUCCCAACGAGUUCCAAUGCCGCAACGGCGGCUGCGUGAAAAGCGAAUACCGCUGCGACCGAAUUAACGACUGUCAGGAUCAGAGUGACGAAUUGGACUGCGGUCCAACCACAACGACCACUAACCAACCACUAAUAACCACCUCAACCACACAACGCCAGGAGAGCGAUUUUGGGCCUGUAUUCGUGACCUGCAAUUGGAAUGAAUUCGCCUGUCGCAAUGGUCAGCAGUGCGUCCCAAAAUCGGCGAAAUGCAACAAUAACUACGAGUGCCAAGAUUAUUCGGACGAAGACAAUUGCAAUGAAGCUCCGGAAGGUUUAAAUUUAAAAACCUAUCCAAACGAACAAACUAUCAAAGAAAACUCUAAAGAUAGGGAAGUAGUUUUUCAAUGUCGAGACGAAGGUCCUUUAAGAGCACCGGUCAGAUGGUCUCGAGCCAACGGAUUGUAUUUACCUCCUGGAUCUAGAGAUAUUGCUGGCCGACUAGAAAUGCCGAACAUCAAGGUUGAACAUACUGGCACAUACGUGUGCGAAGCUAUAGGAUUUUCAGCUUCAGACCCUGGAUCUCGUGUUUCUGUGUAUCUAAAAGUAGAACCAUGGAUUGAUGUAACAGUUCGCCCACCAGAUGCAUGUGGUUACAAUGAAGCUACGUGCUCAAACAAACAAUGUAUACCAAAAUCAAAAGUUUGUGAUGGCCAAAUAGAUUGUUCAGAUGGAUCCGAUGAAACCCGCUGCAAUAUGUUUGGUUGUCAACCUAAUGAGUUCCGUUGUAGUAACAAAAAGUGUAUACUUAAAACGUGGAAGUGCGAUGGUCAAGAUGACUGCGGAGACAAUUUUGACGAACAAAACUGUGAACCAACACCACCGGGCAGUCGGUGUCUAACCAGCGAAUUUGAAUGCCGAAACAAAGAGUGUGUUCCGAAAUCAUUCCAGUGCGAUUCUCAAAGUGAUUGUUCGGAUGGUAGUGAUGAAUUCGGCUGUCUUCCUGUGCAAUUCCAAACCACACCACCACCAUUGAUAACACUUGAAAUUGGAUCAACAUUUGUAACAACAUGUAGAGCUGUUGGUGUACCAACCCCAGAGAUAUCAUGGCGAUUCAAUUGGGGCCACGUACCAACAAAAUGUGAAAUGAAAAGCGUUGAUGGACUUGGUACUCUCACGUGUCCCGACGUUCAGGAAUCCGAUAAAGGUGCAUACAGUUGUGAAGGUAUUAAUAUACAUGGAUCUGAAAUAGCAGUUCCAGACACAAUAUUAGAAAUAAAACGUACAAGUACACCACCACCGACCUCAUGCCCUCGAGGAACUUUCAAUGAUGUAGCUAGGUCUCAGAAUGAAUGCAUCAAUUGUUUCUGUUUCGGAAUCUCAAGUGCUUGUAGAAGUUCCAAUCUGUACAAGACACAGAAUAAACCUUCGUUGGAUGAACUCAGAUUAACCAGUGUAUACAUUGAACCUUCUUCAUUAAGACCUAUGAUAAAAUCGGCAAGUUCAACUACUUACCCAGUGGUCAUCAACGAAGCGUUGCAAAUGUUUACACCCAGAAACAAUUCACAGGCGUCUGAUUCUAAUUUCCCUUACUUUAAAUUCCCAGAAAGCUACUUAGGCAAUCAACUUAAAUCUUAUGGUGGAUAUAUAAAAUACACAGUUAGACACGAGGGAUUUGGAGAACCAAUUUUAUUCACACCAGACAUUAUUUUGAUCGGAAAUGGCGUUAAACUUAUGUACUUUGCUCCUGAAAUACCAGCAAACUCUGACACAGUUGUUUCAGCUAGAUUAUUUGCCGAUGUUUGGCAAAAAGAAAACACAGGUUCAAGUUCUUCAAAUAAACUGGCUACCAGGGAAGAAGUAAUGAUGGUAUUAUCUAACGUAGAAAACAUUUUAAUCAGGGGUCAAUAUUUGAAUGAACAAUCAGAAAUAAAUAUAAACAAUAUAAAGAUGGAUUCUGCACAAACAUCAAAUAAUGCGAACGGGGAGCACACACCUUAUGUAGAAGAAUGUCAAUGUCCACCAGGUUAUAGUGGCUUAUCGUGUGAAAGCUGUGCUCCUGGAUAUAUACGCAGACAACAAGGCUCUUGGCUAGGACAAUGUUAUAAAGAAGUAUUAGAAAUCUGUCCAACUGGAAUGUAUGGAGAUCCAUCGAGAGGAAUUCCAUGCAAACAUUGUCCUUGUCCCUUGACAUCAUCUGGCAAUCAAUUUGGUAGAAGCUGUUAUUUAGACACUGACGGAUUACCAACAUGUAACUGUUACGACGGAUAUGUUGGACGAAGUUGUGAAAAAUGUGCCUCAGGGUAUACAGGAAAUCCUUUACAGCCGGGAGGCUAUUGUAAAAGAGGUAUAUGUGAUGAGACGGGUUCCUUAUCUCCAUAUCCCGAUGAGAAUACUAAAAAAUGUAUUUGUAAGGAUUAUACAACUGGCGAUUUGUGUAAUCAAUGUAAGGCUAACACAUUUAACUUAGCUGCAGACAAUCAAUUUGGUUGCACUAGCUGUUUUUGUAUGGGUAUCACCAAUCAGUGUUCCAGUUCUAGGCUUUACAGACAACAAGUCUUCACAACAUUUGCAAGAACCAGCCAAGAUAUCAAACUAGUUUUGCGCAGAGAUAUUACUCCAGUGCCAAACGUAAACGUGGAUCCUAAUAGCAGAGAACUAAUUUAUUCAGACUUCCCACCAGGCAGUCAAGAUGUAUAUUAUUGGAAAUUGCCUCCACGUUUCCUCGGUAACAAAAUAACUUCAUACGGAGGCUCAUUGAGUUAUACAUUGAGACAUGUUCCUGUACCAGGUGGCCAAUCUUCCAGAAAUAGUGCUCCAGAUAUUGAACUGAUUAGUGACAACAAAAUCAGAUUAUUACAUUAUAGUCGUGAAAACGUAGAACCCAAUACUUUAAAAACCAUUUCAGUGAAAAUAUUAGAACAAUACUGGCAACGACCCGAUGGUCAAGUCGCAACUCGUGAACAUCUAUUAAUGGCUUUGGCUGGUUUGAACUCCAUAUUAAUUAAAGCGACUUACACGACUGGAACAAAAGAAGUAGCGAUACAGUCGGUUUCACUCGAUGUUGCCGAUUUGUCUAACACUGGCCAAAAUAGAGCCGUCGAAGUAGAAGAAUGCUCAUGCCCAGACGGAUACGUCGGUCUAUCGUGUGAAGAUUGUGCUGUUGGAUAUACUAGACAUGACGGUAUUGGCUUAUAUUUAGGAAUAUGCGAGCCAUGCACUUGUAAUGGUCAUUCAAAUCAUUGUGAUCCUGAAACUGGAACUUGUAUCAACUGUCAAAAUCACACUACGGGAGAAGAAUGUAACGAAUGUUUGCCUGGAUAUAUAGGAAAUCCAGAAAGAGGUGAACCAUGCGUAGCCAGUGAAUUGACACCAGUCUGCGAUUGCGACUCGAGAGGCACUUUAUUACCUUGUCGAGAUAAUAAUUGUAUUUGCAAGACCAAUGUAGAAGGACCACGUUGUGAUCGUUGUAGACGAGGCACAUAUGGCUUAUCAGAAAAUCUUGUAGAAGGAUGUCUAGAAUGUUUCUGUUCCGGAGUUUCUCAAAACUGUUAUUCGUCAAAUUUAUUUAUUACUCAAAUUCCAAUGCAAUUAUUUGGACCAAAUCACGGUUUUAUUUUAACUGAUAGAACCAGAACCCGGUCUAUUAAAUCAGGCUUUUCAACUGAUGUGUCUAAAAACGAAAUUGGAUACGAUUACACUCCAAAUCGUGGUGAACAAUUGUUCUGGUCAUUACCAUCUUCAUUUACCGGAAAUAAGAUUACAUCCUAUGGAGGUUACCUCAAUUGGACUCAACGCUACACUUCACUGCCAGGAUCUAUAAUACGCGACGACACAGAUAUAAUACUUGUAGGAAAUGGAAUAUGGUUGUUUAAAUCAAACGAUAAAAAAAUUCGGCCGGACGAGCCAACGCUACUAAAUGCUCAUCUAGUAGAGAAAGGUUGGCGUCGAUUGAUUUCAUCGGGACCACAACCGGCAUCAAGAGCUGAAUUCAUGAAAGUUCUUUCGUCCAUCGAAGCCAUCUUAAUUCGUGCAAUACACGCUUCUCAAACUAAUAGAACAUAUCUUAGUGACGUAAGUUUAGACACAGCUAUUGAAACGGAUACAGGUGGUGAACGGUCGGUCAACGUCGAAGUAUGCAGAUGUCCUGCUGGAUAUAGAGGAACAUCGUGUGAAACGUGCAGUGUCGGAUAUUACAAGGACGCAGAUGAUAAGUGCAUUAGAUGUCCAUGUAAUUCCAAUGAAGAAAGCUGCUCUUUAGGUUCAGAUUCAAGAGUCACGUGUAACUGUAACCACGGAUACACAGGCGCAUCGUGCAACAUCUUAGAGAACGAUUCACUGGUAGUCACAACAACCAGCAGACCACCACCACUUCCGCAACCAGAAAUUUUCAUACAAAUAUCUGAACCAAAAAUUGAAAUCGUUGAAAUCGGUAGUACAGUGACAUUGCACUGUACUGCCUAUUCCCGUCGCACACAAAGAAUAAGAAUAUCAUGGUCUAAAGAAGAUGGGUAUUUACCUUCUAACCGUGCGCAAGAUAAUGGGUCAGGCGACUUGUAUAUAACGAAUAUAGAACCUGCAGAUAGUGGAGUAUAUAUUUGCACAGCAAAUGACGGUUAUUCAUCAUUCAAUGACAGAAAAACACUGAGAAUAGCCGAUCAAACUGUUACAACCAAAAGACCGCCACUACCUCAGCCAGAAAUUUAUAUCACCAUUUCAGACCCAUCAAUCGAGAUAGUAGAAAUCGGUAAUACCGUCAGAUUUAGAUGUGAUGCCAGAUCUAGACGCAAUCAAGUUGUAAAGUUGAAAUGGACAAAAGAAGAUGGAGAUUUACCAAUUAAUAGAGUGAUUGACAACGGAAAAGGAUACUUACUAUUUACAAAUGUUGACGUAUCAGAUUCUGGAGUGUAUGUGUGCACUGCUUCGGAUGGUUAUUCCGUAAUCAGUGAAAAGAAAACACUGGCCGUUGGAGGAAGUGUAGUCAAGCCAAAAGUAUUAGUCAAACCUAAAUUCCUGGAACUUUUUGUUGGAGAACCUGCUGAAUUUGUUUGUCAAUCUCCUGGCUCACCCACACUAGAAUGGUACAGAGGACUAGAACAACAAUUCAAUCCAUCUUAUUCAUCGGAAGAUGGUGUGUUCCGUAUACCAGCUGUAAGGCAAUCUGACCAAGGAAGUUAUUUCUGCAGAGCGACAAAUAAAAACGGAGAAACCGAUUCUCAGAAAGUUACAAUUUACAUUAAACCCACUCCAAACAUAAACGGAUCAAACGAUUUAAUAAGGAUAACAGUCGAUCCACCACAAUACUCUGGACCGGGAGACUUAGUUCGUCUCCAGUGUAUAAUUUCAGAUGAGUCCCAAUAUGAAUUAAAAUGGUCCAAAAUAGGAAAUCAACCUUUGCCUUAUGGUUCUUUACAAAGUGGUGGGCUCUUGACUCUCAACCGUGUUAAACCUUCCGACUCUGGUGUGUACGUUUGUUCAGCGUUUUCAUUAAGAUCUAAUGCUAUUGAAUCUGAAGUAGAAGUACCAAUUAAUAUUAUCCAAAGAAGAAAUGCGCCAAUAUUACGUAUUGAACCAGACAGACAAACAGUGCCUCAAGGUACCUCUGCUGAACUCCGAUGUAUAUCGACUACCGAUCCAAAUCUACAAGUACAAUGGUUUAAAGCCAAUGAUAAUUUUACGUCAAAUGUUCAGAUAACUGGAUCUAUCCUCCGCAUUCCAUCAGCUCAAGUUAAAGACCGCGGUAUUUAUUAUUGUAAAGCUACUAACGAAGGUGGAUCAGGACAAUCAUCGGCCAUUAUUGAUAUUGAACGUCGGGAAGCUCCGACCAUCGAGCUAUACCCACAAUCUAGACAAGUUGUCACUAUUGGAGGUAGCGUAUUGUUCCAAUGCCGAGUAACCGGAGGAAUCCCUUCUCCUGUUAUCAAGUGGACCAGGCGCAAUGGUGAAAGUCUACCGAGCCAAAUUGAAGAGAUUCCACCCGGAGUAAUCAAGAUUAAUAACAUGCAAGCGGCCAGUGCGGGAGAAUAUGUUUGUGAAGCUAGGAACAGUGCUGGCAUGACAUCAGCUAUAGCCGUCUUGGAAGUACAAUCAGUUCCUGUUAUAAGAUUAAGACCAUCUGGUGUUUUAACGGUCUUGCCCGGAACACAAGUGAAACUUAACUGUCAAGCUACUGGAAACCCAUCACCUACUGUUUCUUGGUCUAAACUUACACGGGGUUACACACCUUACUCAAAUGUAGAAUCGUUCAGUCGCGUAGAUUCUUCUAAUGUAGCAGAAUAUAUAAUAGAUAGUGCUCAAUUGUCAGAUACUGGCACUUAUUCUUGCGUAGCGCAAAAUUCCGCAGGUCCCGCAGAAGAUCGGGUACAACUAGUCGUGUCUGAAGACGUGAAUGAAAUAUCGGGUGGAGAAUUUAUAGAACAUAAGAACGAAGAGGAAAACAAAACAACCGGACCGUUCCGAGGAGACAUAUCAGGAAAUUACGAGAGCGCUGAACUGAUUCCGAAAAAUGAAGAUUUGGUGAACACAGUUGGGUCCAAAGCAAUUCUCACUUGCAAUGCCGGACCGAUGGCUGCUAGAGAUCACAUUUCCAUAACAUGGGUGAGAGGCAACAGAGCCCCGAUAUCGGAAGAACACGAUAUCCACGACAACAUGUUAAUUCUAAGAAAUGUCCAAAAAGAAGAUCAGGGCGUGUACAAUUGUAUAGGCAUUGACCGUAAUUCAGUCGAAGUAUUUAGUCGACCUAUCAUGUUAAUAGUAGUUGAACCUCCGAGAAUAACAUUAAACCCCACGCGACAAGUAGUGAGACGAGGCGACAACGCUCAAAUUACGUGUACCGCAGAUGGUGAUCAACCUAUUACAAUCACCUGGUCAAAAAUAACAACCCGAUCAUUAUCACCUACUGUACAGAUAAACGGCGGACUAUUAAGAUUUAAUGGUAUCACUGAACAAGACGAGGGUAGAUAUUUAUGUAAAGCUGUCAACAAUGUUGGAGAUGCCGAAUCCGUUGCCGAAGUCAUGGUCAUUGAUAACGUACGAGAUCGUCCAGCUCCAAUGAUUAGAGCUGUUGAUCCUAAUCAAGAAGUAUUUGAAGGCGGGAAUGCUGUUCUCCGGUGUAUACUUCUAAGGUCAAAUGAACCAUACACAGUAAAAUGGAGCCGUUACCGAUCACCUCUUCCUAGUGAUAGUCGAAUAAGUGGAAGCGUACUAAGUUUACGAAACGUGCAUAUGAAUGACACUGACCGUUACUCGUGUACAGUUGAUAGUCCUUACGGCUCAACUACCGCCCACAUAGAUCUCAAUGUUCUCCCAUCUUGUCUGAAUGAUGAGUUCCGCUGUAACGACGGGAGAUGCAUUUAUAUGACACAGUACUGCGAUGGGAUAGCGGACUGUUACGACAAGUCGGACGAAGAAAAGUCGUGUUCACAGAAAAAAAAUAGAAUUGGUCGGAACUCUGGUCUGUACAUUAAGCCCAGCCAAGGGACGGUUUACAUCGGUGACACGUUUGAGCUCGAAUGUAUCUGGACCAGCGAUAACUCCAACGAAUAUAGUGAACUUUCGUGGGGUAAAGUAAACGAUGACAUGGCAAACAAUGUUGAAAACCAAGGGUCUAGAAUCAAGUUUAACGACGUGAAACCGGAAAACAGUGGCACUUACAGGUGUACGAAGCGCGACAAAAACAACAACAUCAUCACCGAAGACUACGAGUUGACCGUUACGCCGACCCCGUCCGAUGCCGCUUUCCCCUCAGUGAGUUCCAAAUACGCGCCUUACGGGAAAUCCAUUGUGAUUGAGUGCAACACCGACUUAUCACCGCCAGUCGAAUAUUCAUGGGCCAAGUUUGGGCCGCAAAUGGAACCCAUCUACGAUCGUAGAAACUUAACGCUGUACAAUAUCACUGAAAAAAGCGCUGGUCUAUACUUGUGCACGGCUUCAAAUGAAAUGAUGAGAAUAGACAUUCCAACAGUACUUGCCGUCACCGGAAUCGUACCUUCAUUCAGUGGCACAAACAGCUACUUGGCGUUCCCGACGCUUCUCAACACUUAUUUGGAAUUUAAAAUCGAAAUUCAUUUCAAACCCGAAAUGGGCGACGGUUUGAUCUUGUACAACGGUCAGAAAUACGGUGGCUCCGGCGAUUUCUUCUCGUUUGGAUUGAAUAAUGGAUAUCCCGAGUUCCGUUUUGACGUUGGCUCCGGGGCUGCUAUCAUCAAGGCGUCCGAACCCGUAACAUUAAACGAAUGGCACACCGCUAGACUGGAAAGAACAAAGAAACACGGUACCAUGUAUAUCGACGAACAGGGCCCAUAUCAAGGCGUUAGCCCGGGUACGUUCCAAGGAAUGGAUCUGGCUCAGCUCCUGUACAUCGGUGGAGUGCCUGACUUUGGAACAAUACACAAAGAUGUCGGUUUCCGAUCCGGAUUGGUUGGUUGCGUUAGCAUUUUCAAAACGGACAGUCGAACUUACAACUUGAUGAAGGACUCGGUGGACAAAAAUAACUUAGGCACGUGUGAUGUGUGUUCCAACAAUCAGUGUUUGAACCAAGGUAUUUGUCAAGAGGCUCAAAGUAACGAAGGAUACUCUUGUAUAUGCCAACCAGGCCACAGUGGUGAAUAUUGUGAAAAGACCCGUGAAGUGUGUACGCCAGGUAUAUGUGGACUUGGAGAAUGCAUAACUGGUCACGAAGAAAUCGAAUGCAAAUGCAAAGUGGGCACGCUUGGCAAAAGAUGUGAACGUACCGUUGAAAUCACCGAACCUUAUUUCUCAAGCAAUUCUUAUCUAGCAUACCCGGCACCUACAUCACAACAAAAAUUAACGAUGUCCUUAAAAAUUAAUCCAUCGUCACUAGCCGACGGAGUGAUAUUGUAUGCUGCUCAAAACCACCAAGGAAUCGGUCAAUUCAUGUCGUUAACAUUGAAGAACAGACAGUUAGAAUUCCGUCAUACCGUAGCUGGUGUCACUUCUCUUUUGAGAAGCAAGCAAAACUUAGAAAUCGGCGAGUGGGCGACUAUCACCGUUAGCCGUAAUACGGAAACUCAAGAAAGCAAACUGUCAGUCGACAAAGAAACACCGGUCAGAUCCGUCGAAAACGGUAACAUGCACGCCUUAGAAUUGAAGACUCAUCUGUUCGUCGGAGGCUAUGACUCCUACAAGGUGAAGAUUUCGAAACACGUAGACGUCGACGCACAUUUCAAAGGAUGUAUCAAAAUGCUCAAGGUAUCUGGUAUGGACAUAGACAUGAUAAGUUCGACCGUCGAUUCCUCAAACGUAGAAGAUUGUGCAACUUCCCGUGGCGAUGCCUGUUCGUAUAACCACUGCAAGAACUCUGCAAACUGCCAUGCCUCGUCUAAAUACUACGAGUACACCUGCGAAUGCGAAAACGGAUUUAGUGGUCCAAAGUGUGAAAUCGAAGCCAAAUUGUGUUCGAUAUUGAAACCGUGUAACAACGGUGGUGACUGCACCGACAUCGAUUCGAGCUCGUACAGAUGUGACUGCCCACUCGGACAUUCAGGACCAACGUGUGACGACAAAGUGGUAUUGGACAUUACUGCCAACUUCAGCGGCAACAGUUAUCUCCAGUUGGACCACAAUAUACUGGACCGAACCAAAGAAGAACAUUCCAUAUCAAUGACGUUCACUACGGAUUCCGCAAACGGCCUGUUGUAUUGGCAAGGACAAGAGCCCAAGAACGAAGAUAUAUCAUAUACGAUCGAAAACUACAUUGCCAUCUCAAUCGUCAAUGGCUACGUAGAGCUCAGUCACAUGUCCAAAGGUAGGAUGUCACCAACCAUACGAGCCACAGACCAUCACGUUAACGACAACGAACCGCAUUCGAUAAUGAUCCGUGGAAACGGACUUGAAUGGUCUCUGGAAUUGGACAGGAAAACCACGGAGUAUGGAAAGGAACGUGAUGUGGACAUCCGAGAACUGCUAGUGUCUACCGAUUUAAUAUAUAUUGGCGGACUACCGACGCCCAUACAAAGGUUGAACGUGAACCAUUACAAGGGAUACGAAGGUUGUAUCGGUGAUGUGCGGAUCCAGGACUCGGGAUACGUGAACCUGGGCCGGGACUCGAUGUCCGGCAAGAACGUCGCCUCGUGCAACAGCCACGAUUUAAACAACAUUUUAGGAAAAAAAUGAUCAACGAACGAAGUGACAUCGACGGCUUCGGACGACGUUCAAGACAAUAACAUUUAAUUAUUAUUAUUAUUACUCUCGAAACACUAUUGUUUUAUUUUAUUUUAUUAUUAUUAUUUUUUUUUAAUUUAAAUCUAUUUAUAAUUAAAUCGCUUUUAACUUUUAUAAUUUUUAAACUUACAUAGUAGUGACGUAUAAUUAGAAUGUAAUAACAAACCGCCUGCUAUUAUUAUUAUUAUACCAUCUACUAUACUGUUCAUCAUAAUGUAUGUGUUAACAAUGCGCGUGUACAUUGUGUAAUUUCAUUUAUAUUACUUUUUACUAGUUUUAAUGCGUAAUUUUAGUAGCGUCGAGAAUCAAAACAAAACCCCACGAAUUGUGUUCGUUGGCUGCACAUAAUAUUCAACCAACCAUGAUGUGUUCUCAAGCAUCCCAAAGCUUCUAUUAUUUUCUCGCAUAGGCGCACGCGACGACUAAAUGCUCGAGAACAGAACGAUAUCGUUUCGUCGUAGUCUUGCGGCAUAUAAGCCGUUAGCGUACAUUAAUUUAGCACUACUAUUAUUUUACUUAUACAUUAUAUUGACUACAUUAAUAAAUCGUAUAUUGCAUACCGUGCCAUAA